AUGAAUGCCGAUCUUUUUAGUGCCCUCUUUGUACUAUGUACAAUAGUAGUGUGUACAUCAGCGGCCUCUCGUCACAUUGAGGCUCACAUCACAAUCAUUAAUGGAAGUCCAUCGAAAACAGGUGUCUGGUGGAUCAAUCCAAGCUCUUCUGGAGAAGACUUUAUGAUUGGCGAAAUUCCAUUAAACGAUCGGGUGUCUCUCGACUCCUAUUCGGGACAUGAGUUUCAAGUGCGGGAACUACCGGAUGAUACAACAGGGGAAUGCAAUACCAAAGACAAGACUUGUCGAAUGACUUAUUUCAAAGUCAAGGGAGGUGAAGACCAGUUUUAUUCGGUCAAUUCCAAUUUUCAAAUGGAGUACGCAGAUAUUCUAAAGCCAGACGAAGAACUAUUGAACGUCACAGAUUUCGCUUCCUAUUGCAAGAGAAAAUCACUCGAGGGCCAGGCAGCAGGAUCGCAUGAUAAGGAGCUCAUCUUGAGUCGAUUCAAGUCUUGCAUGUCCACUGGUGCGGGAAACAAAUUGAAACAGGCGGAAGAGGAGGUGAAAUUUGUCCGAUAUGUUCGUCAAGAUAUUGGAGGAAAUAUGGAAAACUUUACUUGCGCCAUGGUGGAUAAGGACUCCAGUCCAGAUGUUUCUUCCUACGAAUGGGUAAGCGAUAAGGAUCAAGUUUCACGAACGGUACACGUCAAAUUUGAACGACCGGCUGCCAGAAUCCACUUGAUUGAGAACUUUGCCGACGAGGACGAGUGUGCCGCAUACGAAUGGGAAGCGGAAUCGAAGCUGCACAGAGCUUCUACAGCAGACGGAAAGGGUGGCAGUCAAUUUUCGUUGGCGCGUAAAGCAUUGCAAGCAUCGAUUCGGCCGAAAUGGGAUUUGGAAGAAGCAGGAGAUAAGAUCGUUUCUUUGAGUCGAAGGGUCUACGACUACACCAACCACGUUCUUGGCUUGGGCAUUAGUGAACAAGGCCAAGAACCAAUCAUGUCCAUUCAAUACAAUGGACGAGGGGUCAAUGACACAGAACCCGAUCGGUACACUCCCCAUUGCGAUGGCGACUGUCAGGGUCUGCCUCAUCUGGAAGGUGGUCGCAUGGCAACCAUGGUGAUUUAUUGUACCAUUCCAGAAAAGGGUGGGCAUACUAACUUUCGCAACGCCGGUGUUCACAUCAAGCCUUCCACUGGAAGUGCCAUCUUUUUUGGAUACAUUGAUCCAGAAACCAAAAUGAUGGACUCGGAGUAUACGACGCAUUCAGGUUGUCCCGUCUACGAAGGCGAAAAGAAAAUCAUCACCCAGUGGGUUCGACUGGGCGUGACAAAAGAGAAGCACAGUGACACUCUCAACACACUUGGCAUUCCGCAUUCUGAAUCAGGUGAUGACUAG